CAUGUAUAUAUAUAUAUACACUAAACCCAACCCUUCAUAUAUUCAUUCAUCAAUAUUCUCUUUGAAGUUUAUUGGGGGUACAAGUGAUAUACAUAUAGAAGAACAAGAAAUGGAGGCCUUGCAAUCUUGGGUUUCAGAACACAAGCUCACUAGCAUUGGAACACUAUGGGCAUCGGGGAUUGGAGCAUCACUGGCUUAUUCACGUGCAAAAACUCCCCUUAAGCCCAGUCUUAGGCUCAUUCAUGCACGGAUGCAUGCACAGGCCUUGACGUUGGCAGUGUUGUCGGGUGCGGCGGUGUACCACUAUUAUGAGAAGCGCCUUGGCGAGCCAUCGGAAAAAUAAUGAGGGCAUCUGUGAAUGAACUUAGGCCAUGCCAUGGCUAAGCGUUUUAUCCAGCUAGCUAUAGGAGCUCAGCAACUGAUAGUGUUAUCAAUGUUCUAUUUACUAUUAACUAUGUUCCAUGUUGUAUUGGUCAGGUUUUAAUUAAGUCAUAUAAAUAAAUGUUUUGGGUGUUUUAUCUUUAAUUUUAGUACUUGUCGCAAAACUCA